AUGGGUGGCAAAGCAAAGUCAAAAAAGUCACGCGCUCACAAAAACGCCAAAAAGGAAACGACAAAGCCAAUUGAGUUGGCGAUACCAACGAUGAAUCAAAUUUUGGCAGAAGCAUCAGAGCAUCAUGAGGAGAAAAUUCGCAUAAUCGAUGAAAAAAUCAAAAAAUGCCGAGAAUUGGGAAACAAGGAUUCGGAAAAAGUGAUGAUGGGCAUCAAAGUCCUUAUGGUUGCGAAGAAAAAAGUUGACGAGCUUGGCCUCGAUAGUGUACGCCUACUUCCUACUACAAGCAAGGAGCCCAAAAUGCCACAAUACGAGCCUCUACUUUACAAGGUCAAUUUGGUGUGA